AAAAUGUAAACAGGAUGUUGCACGUGUUUGAGUGUUUAAAAAUCAUUCAAAAUGCAAAACACAGGAUCUGAGUCUAUGAUAGAAACUUUGAGGGACAUUUGUGAAGUUUUGUUUGAUUCAUCACUAGAGGAUCCAAGUGCACCACUGAUUUGGUUGAAUAAGUUGGACAAAGAACUGAAAACAGAUGAUCCAUUGUGUACUAAGGGAGAUAACAAUGUUGACAUGGUCAUUCCCAAACUACUGGAUGUUCUCAAAGAAUGUUUGUCAUCCCAUAGAUGGUCUCAAGUGGUACCAGUUAUAAAACAAAUAUCUAAACAUGAACUUACAACAUUCUGGAAGACAAGUAUGGAAGCUAUGUAUGUGUCUGAUUCUGCAGUUUCCUUGGUGCAACAACUCGUCAAGGAGUUGAAGACUGUACGUCAUCUCAGUUGUCAGGAAGUUUUGUUGGAAUACCUCAUGUUUUUACUUCAUCAUGGAAAAAUAGAUGAUGCAAAACAGAUUUCACAGGAAAAAGUUAAACAAACAAGGUAUGAACAGACUGCUCGAGAUCAUCACACAGAGGUUUUAUACAAAUCAUAUCUAGGUUUAGUAUGGUAUGUGGAAUGGAAGUCUCUGAAGAUGAAAAUUAAAGAUUUGGAUGAAAAUAGUGACCUUGUAUCUAACUAUGAAGAAAUAAUGGUAGUUUAUGCACAGAAAGCUAUGAUUGGUUUCCAGCAAGUGUCGGGAGAGGUUGGAGUAUGGGAUAUAUUUAUUACUAAACAUGUAGAGAUUUUAGAACACUAUGACAAAAUCGAAGAAGCAAAAGAUAUUCUGGCACAGUACAGGGACAAAAAUACAGAAAAUCUAAAUGCUCACAAAUAUGUCUACUAUUUCUGUGUAAGAAAUGGUUUCUUUGAACAUGAUGAGAUUCAAUUAUUAAUGAAUAUAGCAGAAAAAUGUCCCUCAGAUUCCUUGGUUUUACCGUUAUGCAAUAAACUGGUUGAAGAUAAUAAGAUACGAGAAGCCUUGAAGUUCCUGUUUGAUUUGCUGGAUUACUGUUGUUGGCAGCAACAAUUAAAAGCUUGGAAAUUUCUGGUAGAUUUGAUUGCAAUAAGAAACAAAAGUUCAGAAGUGAUUCAUACUUUAGAAGAGAGUUGGAAGAUAAGACAGUCGUGGUGGCCUCAAUAUCAUUUUACCAGCUAUGACUGUCCAGAAAGUGGAGAGGAAUGUGAAUUAUGUUUAUGUAAAUCCAAAUAUGCAGCAUAUGUUUUAGGUCAAGAUUUUCAAAAUAUACAUAAAGACUUUCAACAUUUGAGUAAGACGCAGAUACAAAUGUUAAUGUCCUCAGUGACUUGAUUAUAAAAGUAAGACAUUCCCGAAUGACUCCAUAUUUAUUGAAUGAUGAAAUCUACUGAAGAGAUUUCAAAACAGAUACUUGUUCCCAUGACAACAGGUUAGAGGAUGGAAUGUUUGACUCGCUUGGAAAGACCAAAACAAAAAGAAGAUAACAAAGUGAACAAAUAAAGUUCUAAAUAUCAUUCUCAUUACAUGUGUUUUUUUAGCUUGAUUGUUAUACUGGCAACUGACGAAAUUUGCAGCAGUUUUAUUCAAUAUAACAAAUUAAAAUUGAAGUGAAAACAGGGCAAAUAUAAGAUGUUGAAAAAGAUUGCCAAAAUAACAUGAUCAAUGUGUUAAUAUUUUUUGGUUUGUAAUAAACAAAGCAAUAACCAAUACACAAGUAUAUCAAAAUCAAGUAUUCUUAUCUUAAUGAGAUUUAAAAUUUGAGCUUAAGAUACUUCUGUGUUACGAUUCCUUGUAUAACAAUAAUAAAAAAAAACAUGUAUAGAUAGACGAAAACUGCAAUUUAUUUUUGAUGUAAUGAGCACUGGCAAAACAGCAAUUAUUGACUAUUUUAUAAAGAUUAAUUUGUGAUGAUCCAUAGAUUGUUGUCGAAACUCAAGCAUUUUGAAUAUAAUGUAGAAGAAAAACAAAUAAAUUACUUUUACAUACAGAUAUUUUGUAUGAAUUUUCUCUGUAAUAAAAAACAAAAAAUAUCAAAACUUUCAUUUUUAAACAUGCUACAUUGUCCAUAAUUUACCCUUCUUGAAUGUUCUUCAAAUUAUGUGUAUUUAAAUUUGCAGGAAGAGUAUUUAUUUCAAGAAUAUAUUAUGGGGUCUUGAAUUUAUUGUGAUUUUUUUCCAUGAGUUUGCCCUUUAUGCGAAAUAUUUUACCACAAGCAAUAGCAAGGGGUAAAACAUCAACAUAAAGGGACAACCCAUUGUAAAAUCAAUAUAAUACAAGUCACCAUCAGUGAUUUCUAUUUUUAAAGGACAAAGACAGCAAUUUUGGAUGGAAGCACUCUAGGUAAAGGGAAAUACUUGCUGUUCCUGUAAUUAAACACACUAUUUAUAUUUACAUAUAUGAUGAAGAAAACUGAAUAAGUGACAUUCUAAAAUGUUUUUCAGUAACAUACUUAGACAGGUUUGGACAAAGUUGGUUGAUUUUUUUUUUUUUUUUUUAAGAAAAUGGGCUUUCAACAAAAUCUUUUCAUCAUUUCUUUAUGUUUCUUUUGUUUUGAUGACUUUUAGUUUCAGAUUCUUGCAUUUUCUUUUAGAAUGAUUAUAUUCUUAUCUCAUGGUAUUGACGUCAUUUGUGCCGUUUGACCUUGUGUUAUUCAUUCAUAAAAAGCUAACAACGCGGGAGUAAGAUUGGAACAGCCCAACCAAUCCAUUAUGUUGAGGAUCAGCUGACAUAUCAAUAUUUUGGUUUUUUACCAGGGGUGUGUACUCAAUUUGUUUGAAGAACGUCAUAUUGGAAUAUUUAUUCUCUGUCAGUUGAUAAAGGUAAUGUUGUUACCAGUACUAUGAUUUUUUUAAAGCAAAAUUAGUUAAUGAAAGGAUGAAAUUUGAAAAAAAUAGGCAGGACAGGAGUUUUGAGUAAAAAAAAAGGCAGGAUGAGCAACUUGGCAAAAAAAAAGCAAGAUGACAAUUUAUGUAAAAAAAUUCAGGAUAAACUAAUAAAAAAAAAGGCAGGACCGAAUCGAGUGAAAAAUAAAAAGGCAGGACAGAAAUUACAACUAAAAAAAAUGCAGGGCAAAAUUUUUCAUCCUAGCCGUCCCAAAAAACAAAUGGUAGCUCCCUUACAUAACAUGGUCUUGCCAACAUGAAUGUGACCUACCAAUUUAGACUUAUCUACGUGGUUGUACUUGCAAGAGCAACAUGAAGGGUGCCACACGUGGAGCAGGAUCUGCUUACCCUUCUAGGGUACCAGAGAUCAAUCCUGUUUUUUUUAGGUGUUCCUGUUGCUCAUUCAUUAGUUUUCGAUGUUGUGUUUUGCAAACUGUUGUUUGUCUUUUGAUAAUUUUUUGGUUUUUGCCAUGUCAGUGUCAGGUCGUUUUUGAUAUAUGAGUUUGGAGAUUGGGCAUUGUUGGAAAUGCAUAUAGAUUCAUGCAAGCGACACAGGCUCUUUACUAAGAGCCUCUAGUUUAAUAUCACACGACCAACAUUUCGAGACAUGUCAAGUGAUUCAUUGUGCAACGUCUUCACACACCCUCAGAAAUGGCCCAGGAAUAUGCUUAUCCUUUCAAAGCAAACUACAUUUUGCUUAUGCUUUCUAUAGGAUGAUAUACCGUGUCAGAUUUAGCAGUGUACGCUGUUUACUUUAGCGCUUGUUUUUGUGAUUAAUUGUUUUCUUGUUAUUAGAUAGUAUUAAUCUGGUUUUACACAUUCUGACUUUUAGGCACUGGCUGCGAUUAUGUUGAAAAAUUAAUAAUCAUUAAAAAAUAUUGUUGCUUUUAAGACUAAUUAACGAAAUGCAAUGUAGGGUUGGAAACCAAUUAAUAAAGUAUGUAACAAUAAUAUGUUUGUCUAUGGUUACAUUGUGUUAUUGUUAAGUUAAAUAUAUUAAAUCUUUAACAGAC